ACAGCAAGGGGAAAUUUUAGCGACAUGCCGUCAACUUUAGCAUAUUGGCCUGCACGAGGGAUUUCCAACCAGAUAAGCUUGCUCUUGCAUUAUGUUGGCGAAGACUUUGAAAACAAGGUCUACAUGAUAAACGACGAAGAUCCUUCAAAAAUUCGAGAAAACUUCAUGAAAGUCAAGUACACUCUCGGAUUGCCUCUCCCGAAUCUGCCGUACUACAUUGAUGGCGACAUCAAGAUAACGCAGAGUGUGGCUAUAGAGCGAUACGUAGCACGGAAGUACAGUCUUGUGGCCUCAACCGAGAAAGACCGAAUUCUUCAAGAUAAUUUACUGUAUGUUGCAGUAGAUCUUCAGACAAGAUGCACCCAACUAUGUUAUCGGGCGGAUUUUGACACUGCCAAGGUCGAUCAUCUAAAGUGGGUGAAGGAGACACUCCAACAGUUGUCCCAUUUGUUAGGGAAAGAGAAUUUCUUUCUAGGCGAUAAGAUCAAUUUUGUUGAUUUUCACCUGUACGAGGGUAUCUCCAUGAACACCGUCGUUUACCCAUCAUGCCUGGACGAUUUCCACAAUCUGCAGUCCUUCCUCAGUCGGAUUGAGAACUUACCUGGAGUGAAGGAGUACCUCGCCUCUCCUAGAUUUGUCAAAGAAGCACUUGUUGGGCCUGGUGCAUCGUUUGGUUAUGUGCCCUAUAAACAAUGAGCUCAUUGCUCUUUCACAUUUAACCUCCUUACCCUAUAUUUUGUGAGUUAUCACAACAAAGCAGCGGAAUAAUUUCUGUGUUUUUUUUGUAAUUCCACAAGCACUAGAAUAUACAAUUAGUAUACAGAU